UCACCGCAGUAGCGCGAACGUACAUUGCACUUUCUGUGCGUUCACAAAACUGCACAAAGAAGUCUUGGGAAGUCGCAGGCAGUCGUGGCCAGGUCCGCCAGGUCGUUCGUUAGCUGUGAAAUUAAGUGAUAGAGGUGGUGAUAUGGGGUGCUAUUUUUAUACCAACGUGGCUAUCAUACCUCGGAGAUAAGCUUUUAAUUGUGAAGCUGAUGUGAUUUGGGAAACCAAAUGCCCAUGUGACAUCUGUCACUAUUUCUGUCAGGCCUGAAAGGCCUUAUAAGUAGUCAGAAAUUUAAGUCCUGAUUUGAGAUUAAAUAUAUCCAUGGUAGUUUUCUAAAGAAAUGCACCACUAUUGUUAUGUUAUGAUUGUAAUGGAAUUCUUGAAGCUUAUGUGAGAGUAUUUUAGAAAUGUGUAGCAUAAUUCUUCGAGUUAUAUUGGUGAUAGUAAAUGUUGUAGCAAUAUCAUGUACACUGUAUAAAAAUUUGAAAUAUUAUGAAACGCUUCAUGCCUCCGAAUUAAAUCAUAACAUUGUGAAAAGAGGUGUAAACCCUAGUCCACAUCCAUUCAAUAAAAUUAAAGAAGUGUCAUUUGAUACAUUGGGGAGGCCUUUUCGAUUAAUUCUUAGUCCACAAAAAGAAGUUUUCCAUUCUCAAUUUAAAGCAUUUACAGUUGAUGGAGAUGGAGAGGAAAGAUCCCUUUUUGUUGAUACUGAAGAGUUUUAUCAUGGUCGAGUAUUUGGAGAAGUUUCUUCUGAUGUAAGCGUGCACUUGGAAGAUGGUUUAAUGACAGCAUCUAUUAGUUUACCAGAUGAUACAUAUCAUAUUGAGCCAUCAUGGCGUCACUUGCCACAUACGGACAAUAUGUCAAUGAUAUCAUAUAGAGCUUCUGAUGUACAAUUCAGUUGGGAUCAGCCAUUGGAUGAAACUGAUGCUAUCAAGGAAGCUCAUUUGGACACACGAAGUAAGAGACAGGCAGAUCAAUAUGAAUACACCCCAACCAAAACCCGAUGCCCUCUGCUGUUGGUUGCGGAUUAUAGAUUUUACCAAGAGAUGGGCGGAAGUAACACAAAGACUACUAUUAAUUAUCUGAUCAGCUUGAUUGAUCGAGUUCAUAAGAUAUACAAUGAUACCAUUUGGCAAGACCGUCAAGAACAAGAUGGCUUCAAGGGUAUGGGCUUUGUAAUAAAGAAAAUUGUUGUCCACAGUGAGCCGACACGUGUCCGUGGUGGGGAGGCCCAUUAUAACAUGGUCAGGGAAAAAUGGGAUGUUCGUAAUUUACUUGAGGUAUUCAGCCGAGAAUAUAGUCACAAGGAUUUCUGCUUGGCUCACCUUUUCACUGAUCUCAAAUUUGAAGGUGGCAUCCUAGGAUUGGCCUAUGUUGGGUCUCCCCGUCGCAAUUCUGUUGGAGGAAUUUGCACACCAGAGUAUUUCAAAAAUGGAUAUACACUGUAUUUGAACUCCGGAUUGAGCUCCAGUCGCAACCAUUAUGGACAACGAGUUAUCACUCGUGAAGCUGACUUGGUCACUGCACAUGAGUUUGGCCACAAUUGGGGUUCAGAACACGAUCCUGACAUACCUGAAUGCAGUCCAAGUGCAAGUCAAGGAGGAUCUUAUUUGAUGUAUACAUAUAGUGUCAGUGGCUAUGAUGUUAAUAAUAAGAGGUUCUCACCAUGCAGUUUACGUUCAAUUCGUAAAGUACUGCAAGCAAAGUCUGGUCGGUGCUUUUCAGAACCAGAAGAAUCUUUCUGUGGCAAUCUCAGAGUGGAAGGGGAUGAAGAAUGUGAUGCGGGAUUGCUGGGAACGGAAGACAAUGAUGCUUGUUGUGAUAAAAAUUGCAAACUACGUCGUAACCAAGGAGCAGUUUGCAGUGAUAAAAACUCUCCCUGCUGCCAAAACUGUCAGUAUAUGCCUGUUGGUGUAAAAUGUCGUGAUGCUCAGUAUGCCACAUGUGAACAAGAAUCACGUUGCACUGGAGCGUCAUCUGAAUGUCCUCGUAGCCCACCCAUGAAUGAUGGAACAGGCUGUCUGGAACGUGGCCAGUGCCGGAGGGGUAAAUGUGUACCAUAUUGUGAAACACAAGGACUUCAGAGCUGCAUGUGUGACACCAUUGGUGAUGCUUGUAAGCGGUGCUGCCGGAUGAAUUUGAAUGACACUUGUUUCCCUGUUGAUCCCCAAGAUAUUUUACCUGAUGGAACGCCUUGUAUCCAAGGUUUUUGCAAUAAGGGCUUGUGUGAGAAGACAAUACAAGAUGUUGUAGAAAGAUUUUGGGAUAUAAUUGAAGACAUCAACAUUAACAAAGUAUUAUUGUUCUUGAAAGACAAUAUAGUUGGAACCGUUAUCUUGGUGACUGCUCUGAUAUGGAUGCCUGCCAGUUGUGUUGUAAGUUAUGUUGAUAGACGGCGGCGGUUGCGACAAGAACAACGUUGGGAAUGGCGGCAGAGUAAUGAAUUUUACAGAGAUAACAAUUUACGUGUUAUUUACUCCCAUGUACCCCGUUCAAGAACUGUAAACCACUCUGUUGCUCCCUUAUAAAUGAGGUUUGCUGGAGCAAGGCAUAACAGACCAUGUUGCUAGAAUGACAUGUGUAUUAAUCUUGAGAAUAACAGGAGUUUUCAAAUUGUUCAAAGCUAUAUAGUCACCCCCAACCAGGAAUGAAACCUAGUUGCCCACUGCCCCACAUUGAUCAUUAAUGUACCGACAAGACCAGUGCUUUGAACAAACAAGAGAAUGUUGUGUUUAUGGUUAAGGAGAGAAUUAGCUAGUUAUAAAAUUGCUAGUGUGUAAUAUAAACAUAUAUUGAAAAGUAAUUUUGUAAUUAUUUGUACAUGAAAAUAAAUACUGUUGUAACAAAUAAAUUGGGACUUUUUUUGAAGGAGGUUUUGUCCCUGUGGUUUAAUAAUGGAUAUUACAAUAUAUAAAUUUCUGUUUUAUUUCGUCAUUUAUUCACAAUUGAAAGGCUGAGCGCAACAGUGGUCUAACUCUCCCUCAUGUUGAAAUUGAGUUAACUACGCAAUCUGUUUUCAUUAACCAUGAACUACGUAGAGGAACCAAUGAAUAUUGAAUAUAAUAAGUAUUUGAGUGUUAACAGCACAGCCAGUUUUUGAUCGCUGAGUAAUCGUAACAAAUUCUAAUGCAACAGAGGUCUAACUCAAAUAGAACUGGUCUAUCAAGUCAAGAGCACAAAUAACCAAGUCACUGAACUAGAUGAGGUUGCAGUGAAUUUUAGUAAAAUUUUUUUGAAACUUACUAAGGAUCAUCCACGGAAAUACUUCUUUUAACAUUUACUGUCAGAAGAAGAGAGUUACAGAUCAGUAAAUGUCACUAAGGGCAAAAUACAUAGAGAGAAACAUACGUGCACAAAUUAAUCUUCCUGUAAAAUACAAAUCUCUAGUCAGUUAAUAGAAAGAUAUCAAAGAACUUUUAAAAUAUGUACCAGCUGUAUUUCACGAUUUCUUCUAGUUUCUCAUCUGAAACUGAUCAGGAAGAUCAUGACUACAAAGAUGGUUAUUUCUUUGACAUACCUGUUUAUGUAUAAUCACAAUAUUGUGAUAAUUAAUUUUAUUUUUUUCUUAAUAUUUAUUUCUUAUAUAUUCUAACAUUGUCAUGAUGUGCGUCAAACUGCUUAUGUUCAAACAAUACUUUUUAUAACAUUUAUUUUCAAUAAUUUCGUGCAAAUAUCAUAUUUUUUAAUUUCUGUAAUAUUAAAGUAGUAAAUGUACAUUUCUGUAAAUUUCUAGUAUUAUUUUUAUUUUGUUCCAACAUUAAAAAUGUGUUUUUGGUUAUCAAUGUCGGAGUUUUUUGCAACACUGGUCUAACCAAUUUUGGGUCAAGCAAUUAAUUUUACCAUUUUCACCUCGUCUUAUGAUCUUUUUUCUUGUAUGGAAAAGAAUACUAACAUUCAGAGAAAGUAGUGAUUAAAACAAAAUGGACGUGAACAAACAAAAAACGUGAAAAACUGGAGCAUGUCAACUUUGAUGUACAAUAUCUCUGAUUCUAAUGGCGGGUUGGACCACUGUUGCACUCAACCUUUCAAUUGUACAACGUAAAAUGUUUUGUACUUACUGAUAAGUAGUCUUGUGUGAAAUAUAACUGCUUUUCCCCCUUCGUUAUCAUAUGA